UUUUUUUUAACCAGUCUGCAGAAACUCAAAGUUCAAACCAUUAAAUGAUGAGAAAGCUAGAAGGUUGGCUUUCUCUUCUCCCUAUUAACAUAUCAUGGGGAAGAUGUCUACAGAGGAUAGAAGAGUAGGAACAUGCCUUUUCUUUUUCCUCUGUUGGCUUCUAAAAGGAGCCUGACUACAGCUCUCAGUUCAGAUAAGAGUAUUAUAAGAAUCACUAAUGGUCUUCAGUGUUUUAAGGAGAAAGAUUAUGGAUAUAAAAAUUUUUGUAUCAGCGAAAGAUCCCUAUUGCUGAUAGCCCUUUUCUAAAUCUUUUAUCUUACAGGUUAAGUGGCUAAAGAUUAAGGACAAGGUUGGCCUUUAGACAUAUGUGGACCAAUGGAUAUGAUCUGAGUGAACAAAAAUUGUUUCUUGGUCCCCAGGAUACUAAUUAGACCUUUGGCCUGGCUCACAGGACUUUAAGGCUCCAUAUCUGAAGAAGCCUUUUACCAGUCUCAUUUGGGGGAUGGAGACAACAUGUCUUCACCCAGGGACUUUAGAGCAGAGUCUGUAAAAGAUUAUGAGGGAAGUGACCCUGAGGCAGAAGACCUGAAUUUCAGGGAGACUUUGCCUUCAUCAAGUCAGAAAAGCACACGUAGAUCAAAGGUUUUUGAAAAUAAAGUUAACUCAGAGAAGGUAAAACUUUCUCUUCAGAAUUUCUCACAUAAUUCUCAUGAGGAUUUUUCUGAAGCACCUUCAGAAAGUGACAGCAAUCCUAGCAUGUGGACAGCCAGAGGCCGCCUCAGAAGAGACAGGUGGAGCAGUGAGGAUGAGGAGCGUGCAGGGCCCUCACAGGCUGUCUCCCCUUUGCCUUCUGAUACACACAAAAUUGUUUCUGAAGGGGAACUAGAUCAGUUGGCUCAGAUUCGGCCAUUAAUAUUCAAUUUACAUGAGCAGUCAGCCAUCAAGGAUUGUUUGAAAAUGCUUGAGAAAAAAACAGCAGCAUUUGCUAUCAUGCAGGAGGAGUUUAUGGCUUUAGAACUUAAGAAUCUGCCUGGUGAGUUCAACUCUGGGAAUCAUCCACGCAACAGAGCAAAAAACAGAUACCGAGAUAUUCUUCCAUAUGAUUCAACACGUGUUCCUCUUGGAAAAAGCAAGGACUACAUCAAUGCUAGUUAUAUUAGAAUAGUCAAUUGUGGAGAAGAGUAUUUUUAUAUUGCUACUCAAGGACCACUGCUGAGCACCGUAGAUGACUUUUGGCAAAUGGUGUUGGAAAAUAAUUCUAAUGUUAUUGCCAUGAUAACCAGAGAGAUAGAAGGUGGAGUUAUCAAAUGCUGCCAGUACUGGCCCAUUUCUCUGAAGAAGCCAUUGGAAUUGAAACACUUCCGUGUAUCCCUGGAGAACUACCAGAUACUUAACUAUUUCAUCAUUCGAAUGUUUCAAGUUGUGGAGAAGUCCACGGGAACUAGUCACUCUGUAAAACAGUUGCAGUUCACCAAAUGGCCAGACCAUGGCACUCCUGCCUCAGCAGAUAGCUUCAUAACGUAUGUUCGUUAUGCAAGGAAGAGUCACCUGACGGGACCCAUGAUUGUUCACUGCAGUGCUGGCAUAGGCCGGUCAGGGGUGUUCGUAUGUGCAGAUGUCGUAUUCUGUGCCAUCGUAAAGAACUGUUCAUUCAACAUCAUGGAUAUAGUGGCCCAAAUGAGAGAACAACGUUCUGGCAUGGUUCAAACGAGGGAGCAGUAUCACUUUUGUUACAGCAUUGUGCUUGAAGUUCUUCGGAAACUUCUGACUUUGGAUUAAGAAAAACUUCUGUUGCCUCUCAUUUGAAAUUACCAAGUGGCAUGGCUUCGAGCCUCCUCAUGAAGAAUACAUUCGCACUGUGCUGAAGGGCUUUGCUAUGCAUACAGUCUGCUUUCUUGGUUUGUCAAUUUGUUUUCUUUCUAAAAAAUCCCUGAAGGGCAACAUCGUUUGGCUUGGAGUGAACAGUGUUUACUCACUGAUCUUGCUAGACGGAUAAAAAUAUCUUCCCACGUUUUCCAGUGAAACAGAUGUUACAUAAAAUAAUGGCAGCUUGGCUGUUUGGUUGAAGGGAUUACAGAGCCCAAUAAAGGAUUUAAACUAUAUUCAUUAAGAUUUUAUUUGGAAGGGUGGCUGGAGAGAGCUGAGAAUUUCCAAGACUUUAUAAGCCCUUGUUCUGGGAGAAAAUAAGGCCAAUAAACUACAGGAUCACAUCAUGACCUCUUCCAGGCGUUUUUAAGACAGAUAUCUAUUCAUGUUCUUUAGCUGGAGUCUGUACUUCUAGCUGGCAUUUGAAUAACCCAAUUUAAAAAGAGUCCAGUUAGGGUGGACUGACUUUGGACACAAAUUGGCUUCCAUUUCCUACAUUUUCACGCUGCUGCCCUCCUACAGCAGCUAGACCAGGACCUGUUGGUCUGGGAAGCAUUUCAUAGAUGGGCAGAGCUCCUUUUGGUGAAUAGUCCAAAACUAAAAUAGAUGUUUAUAUAGAAAGUCCAAGAGGAAAUUUUUGCCAGGCCUGAGUUCUUUCCUAUCCCACCCUAACACUUAACGUAUUACUCAGUCUGCUUUGUUAAAAAGCAAGUAUUAUAUUUAACUUGCCUCUUACUCUUUGCCCUUUAGCUAACUAAUAAAGUUUGAUAUAGGCAUUAUUAUAUAAUUCUGAGUCAUUCAUGGUAUCUCUCAUGCCUGAUGUAUUUUUCAAUCUCAGAUCUGUGGUAGUUUUUUCUCCAGAGUUCCAUUAAAUCAUUUAUUUCCAUUACUAUCUCACCUCUGCUGAAACAUUUAGAAACUAGAUUUGGGAACCAGAUUUUGGAAAACCAGAUUCAUAGUCAUGAAAAUGGAAACUUCCAUAUUCUGUUUUUGAAAAGAUUGUGGCCAUUAUUUCAUUAAUGUUCUCAUACAAUUAAUAGUGAUAUUUUGUACAAGGAGUUUUGGUGACCAGUUAUACCCAAUUAUAAGCUAUAAAACAAUUGAUAUUUGUGUUUUACAGCUUAACUUUGAAGAUCAGACUGUUCUAUGUAUUGAGAAACUGUUUAAUAUUAAUCUAUGAAUCUUGAAUUUCUAAGAGGCUUGUUUUGUUCUUUUGGCUGAAUGAGUAUAUUUGAAUUGGUUGAAUAAUUGAUAAUUCUCAUUUAAAAAAUAAUUAUAUGCCAGAAAUAUAUUUGAUAUGAAAUCAAAUAGAUGAUUCUGUUUACAUUGUUCAUAUAAAUAAUAGUCUGUUAAACAUUAAUUUCAUUUUGAUAAUUGGCCUUUAAUAUUCGUAUCUAAUUUUAUUUUCUCUCUGUUACUGUAAAAUAAUAGAUAUAAUGUAUAACAGUUUUCUUGAGAAGAAUUCUGUGCUAUUAUUUAAAUAAAAUGUUUACUAUGUAUUGCC